UGGCGGUGGGAGGUGCUGCACGUCCGUAUGUCUCUUUUCUAAGUCCUCUCCAGGAAGUUUGGCAUGAGUCGUACGGAAAGUUGGACGAAGGGACCGGAAUUAUUCGCUUUCGCCUCAAUGAAGAAGAAAGGAAAGGAUACGUCAAACGAUAUAAUCUGAAAAGUAUCCGGUUCAACUUUGACGGGGACUUCAACAUAGCGAUAGUGACAGACUAUUUGCAUGACCACAUCAAGAGACUGUGCGAAGAAGGCAAAGCACCUGCAGAGAGCCAUACCGAGUUUGUCAAUCUGGCAACAUCACAUCCUGCGGACUUAACGUUCUACACACAAGGUGGAAAGGAUGCUUUUGAAAACAUUUUCGUCCUUGCAAUCCAGAAAAAAGGAGAGGAAAUGACAGAAUUCCACAUUCUCGAGGAUAGUGUUGAACCGAAAAGGCACAACCCAGAUUCUCUGGCCAAUCGCAGUUGCAGUGUGGUUGGGACGUAUGCUGUCAUCCCGUAUCCCAGUAGCUUCAAGGAGGGCUUGGAAUCACAAAUCCCCUACUGCCGCCACCACUCUGUCCCUGCCAUGGAGGCAGUCAGGACUAAGCAGACGGAGUACAGCGUUGGCGAGUCGACAUACAAGAUGUUUGGGAAAGGAGGAGAGGAGUACAAACAGGCCUCAAAUAUAGCGAGCUUAAGAAAAUACGCAAAAUACAGGCACAAUGAUGAAAACUUACGCGGUCCCCCUAAAUUUGGAAAAGCAUACGUUAAUGGCACUGGGUCUGAUUCGCGCCUGAUCUAUGUGCGACAACAGUACACAAGAUAUAAGGUGGUUGUAUUUGUAGGGAUAGUUGAUCACAUGAAGGGGGGGCUCUGUCAUUAUUCAGGAUCGUAUCAGGCACGAGAGCAGCACUUUAACAUGGCUGAUGUAGAGAGCGAGUGGGAGGAAAUUCAUAGAUAUGUACAUACAACUAAUGAACGUGUGCAAGAAACAUUGGGCAAUGAAUGAAUUUCACACAAUUUCACAUGGUCUUUAUCCUUUAAUUAAUAUUGCUGAACUCUUUGUAUUGAUGUCACCAGUUGUCUCAGUUUUAUAGUGUUCAUUUGAACUACAGGUUGCAAACUGUACAUGUACAAUGAACCAAUAUCACAAUUGGCGGAAAGACAAUGUUCCCUCA